UAGUUUAGUGCCGCCUCGCAGACACUCCGGACUCGGAGUCGGGGAAAAAAAUAUGUGUUGGUAUUGUGGUGUGGUGGCAAGUUCAUGGAAGUAGAGCCUUAUUAUACAGUCGUCGGUUUUUGCCAAAACCUGCGCCUCGGUAUAAAGGGACGUGUACGUGGGUCUAUCAGGUAGUUUGCAGUGAGAGGGUGAUUGACAGUUGGUCGUGUUCGGAAGCCAGUUGAAGAUCAGAAGAAGUGGCGUGCAGAGUAGGGACGUGGGGUGAGAGUUUGAUACGCGCAGAAUGAGUUGGUGAGAGGUAGAAUACCCUGGGCGUGUUGGGAUUGUCUGUCUGCAAGUGGCGGUUCAGUCAGUUUUGAGGUUUAGGCGGGGUAGUGUCAGAGGGUCUGCUUGUGCGCAUUGUGGGUUAGGCUCCGUUUGUGGGAGUUGGGUGCGCAUUUCGAUUAUUUGUUUUGAAGAUUCCAUUUCUGGGGUGUUGGUCUCCUGUGGGUGGGUGGCUCGGGUGGCGGAGUGAGAGAGUUUGUGGUGAUUUAUGACUCGUCUUGCAACGUUUGUGGUUGCGGACGGCUUCGCAGGUUGAUUGUUUGGCUCAGUUCACGAGUAUUUGGAGCGCUGAGUUAGUUGUUGUCGCUGAAAUUAAUGUGGGUAUUGGCAUCGUAGUGUGGGGACAUUCUGAAAUAGUUUCGGGUCGUCAGAUACAGCCGCCGUAGUAAGUCUCAAGCGUUAGGUUGGAAUACGAAGUAUUAUUUAUCAUCGUCGGUGUACGUUCCGUUCGGAUUGAAUUUCAAGCUCCUCGUUGCGGCCAAUACUGUGGCUCAUCGGGACACCAGGAUUUAUUAGUGAGGUUCAUUGCUAAGGAGAAGCGUUCUCAGGGUAGUGUAGAGUUUUCCGAAAUUCUUGCGGAGAUGUCCAUCGGUUCAAGAGCGACGCAAUGCUUGGGGAAGCAACUCCCAGACAAGCCCCAUAACCGCGCCUCCAACCAUGCCAACCGAUCGCUAGGCAAGUAUGUUCGGUGGCACGAAGAACAAGAAUCCGGCAAAUCGAUCCAGUCGAGUGGUUGUGCAGUUCCAUCUGUUACAUCCGAGCGCAUGUAUCGGUCGCGAGAAACAGUCAAGGCGUGGCUGGAGCAGACUAGUCCCAUUUCCGUGCUGGACGAUCCUGAUGAUGAAAGCCCUCCAUCCUCCUUUGAAUCGUUCCAUUCUUCUCCCUCUGGGUCGGACCAUCUCAGCUGCACAUCUCGGUUUCAAACAUCGAAUUACAAUACUACCAAACCUGCUCAACCCAGAUCAAGGACCAUCUCUCCUCCCAAAUGCUCAGCUAAUAGAAACUCUGUAGACCUUUCAAGGAUCGAUGCCGAACACUACAACGGGGGGAGUUUCCUUAUGCUCGCAUUUAAGAAUGCACAAUAUCGUAGCUCUAAAUCUCCGCCUGCAUUUCAGUACACGGACGAUCACCAUGAGAAUUUCAAUGCACAAGAAUGUAAAGCCCUCCGAAGAGAGUUCAGCUUAACUUCUGAAUGGCAGCAGAUGUUGGCAGCGGGGAAUGCGGCAGGCAUGAGCACACGGGACUCGUCUGCCAACCAUUCUGACCUUGAGACCCAACACGAGGCUGUGAAAGUCUCCAAUCCCAACUCUGACAUAUCGAAUCCUCCCCCACCUCCGCAAACUGUGAGCAGGAAAUCACGCCGAACCCGGUCCAUGGAUUUUAAACGAGUCGUGCGCUCUCUCGAACGCUCUGCAAGUGGCGAGUUGAAGGGCGUGUUGUUACAUGACACUCAAACGCAAAAGAAAAUCUUUCGUGAUCGAGGUGGACUUCAAAGGCCGUUGAGGAGGUCCUUACAGGCAGAGGUAUUUGAGCCGGUUCCAAAACUCAAGGCGUACAGCACAGCUCGAAACCACAGAGAGGAAGCGAAAUACUUCAGGCCAGCCGACAGAUACCAUGAGGAGAAAGGAGUCAAUUCCUUGGAAGUCCAUGAACGAGCCAAACCCUCGUCUGUGAUGAAACAAUCUGAGUUCAAAAUGGACGUGAAUCGUUCGGGUUUGAUGACGACGCAGAACGACUUGGCGAUGGGACGCAGGAAAGCAGAGGGGGAAAAAGCAACCGUGGAAGUCAGGCGCGCUGAUAAAACAGCGAGAAGAGUUAUGGAAGCUCAAAAUGUCAGACGGAAUACCAAAGUUUCGAUUGGCUGCCUUCCCCUACACUGAACCGGAUCAUCAACACACCUCUUUCAAAUCAUUUUUUCAGGACGGUUUUUCAACCAUCCGCUGCUGGUUACACUUGCCGAUUCUUACAAUCGUCUACAAUUAUGUUAUUGAUAGCAUAGACGAAGACCCAUCAGCAAUAUGAUAUUUCAUCACAAGUGUACAACGCGAAAGCUUUUCCUAACGCACCCGGAGACUCUUGAGGGUCUUCAGAGGUGUUAAAAGCUCUUCAUCCCAUGAUCAUGGCCUGCACCAGCCUGGACCAGCCUGACACCAACCAUUUGUACAGAGAAUUUAUCGAUCGACAUAAGCUAGAUUUGAUCGGUAGGUUAGACCAUUAUUCGAGGCAGCAACGCUGUAAUUCUUAAUAAUUGGUUUUUCUAUUCACUUUCCCAAGUAACGGAUAUGACGGUUCCAGAAACAUUCUGAGGACGAACCAUUUGGAUUCCUGCCAUGUAGUUCAUAGCAAGAACUAUUUGCCUAGGUUAUAACACUAUGUAGCUUCAGUUUCUACUGUGACUGAAUUCUUAUUAUCAAUACAAAAAUGAAGUUUGCUUUACCAUA